AUGAAAAUUGACGGAUCAAUGCACUCAAUACGCCUAGGCGACAAGUCCGUGCAGCACACUUUCCUGAUCAGCCCAGACAUGGAGCAGACAAUAUUGGGGGCGGAUUUUCUCAAGGGCACAGGCUCCACGCUAGUGACCGAUAUCGCCGCAGUCAUAAAGCAGAGGGAUGGAGUUAUCGAAUAUGCCAGUCGUGUCCUGACUAAGGCUGAACAGAAGUACUCGACCACUGAGAAAGAAUGUUCAGUGAUUGUCUGGGUCCUGAUUAAGUGGAGACCAUAUCUGCUCGGACAAAGAUUUCGUUUCGAAACCAAUCACCCAUCUCUGGAGUGUAGCAGGACCACCAGAGAUCCUCGCAGGAAUCUCGUACGCCGGGCACUCUGGUUGCAAGAGUAUCAAUUCACGAUUCAGCACGUGCCAGGGAAGGAGAACCACCUGGCCGAUUGGCUGUCAAGACCAGAGCCUAAAGAUGAGGCCCCCAGGAUCAUGAUUGGGGCCAAUAGCCUCGUCAUCGAAAUGGAUCCCGGAAGGUUGGUGCAAAUUCAACGGCAGGCUCCUGUGUUACAAAAGGUUGUGUACGCCUUGUUGGAUGGAAGGAGUAUUGGGAACGGAGAGAGGGACAAUGAAUUGGAGACGCCCCAGAGUCACUUUGAUCGGCUGAGUCUGAAUGAUGCUGGCACAAUGAAGCGAACGCUGGAUGGUCUUCAAAACCCCGGUGUUCAAAUAGCCUGUGACGAAAAUCUUGUCGAUCCGGAAUAUGCAGGCCAUAUCGUUCUCCUCUUCGAAGGGAAGGCGCAGGUGUUUUUGGAUGAACUGACCGAAGUCAUCCGGUCAUUUGGUAUGCACUUUGCACCCACAACGCGUAAGGUCAUGCUCCUGGACAUUCAGUCACUGAACACAACACUUACAAUCCAGGGAGUGGCAGUGGAAGUUGUGGAGCGUCUUACCUAUCCUAGUAGCGGAAGCAGCGAGGUGGCCAAACCUUGA